GGAGAAAAGUUUAGCAGUAACAACAUUUGGGUGUACAGUGGGAGUGGGGGGAAAAAGAAGAGAAAAGAAAAGAGUGUGAGCCGAAAGUGACGAACCAAUGAAAAACAAGGCAAUAACAUAAUAGCAUUAGCAACCAACACCAUCUACACCCAAACACCCAACCACAUCAAAUUCAACCACAACGUUGGAUUAGAUAGAUUUCAGAAAUAAUGAAACCUAAAUCCAAAAACACCAAAUUAAAAAACCAAUAAUCAGAAACACAGACAACAACAACUACUACUUUUUCAUUUCUUUUCUAUUGUCUUCUCCACUGCUCUACUGCCUCGAACUAGGGCUAACUUACCCUCUUCUGAUUCAUCGCUUGCUUUUGUUUUUCUUGCCCGAAUCCGAAUCCGUAUCUGUAUCCGAAUCCUUUUUAUUUUUCUGGGAAGAAACAAAAUCUCACACCCGUGAUUUUCUUUUUUGACUUCUCCCAAAACCAUACAUACCCUUUCUUUCAUCUACUAUGCCUUCGAAACCCUAGAAAUAUGUAUCUUCUUUUAGGAACGUGAAAGAAAAAGAAGCCAUGGAGAUUGCUGGGAAGCUUUCGUUUUCGCUGCUGAUUCAGAGAUCAUCGCUUUAAGUUAUGGGGAAUCGCUCGGAUUAGCCGAGUCGAAUUGGGAAUUUUUGUUUUGUUUCUAAAUUUGAACGAGAUCGUGGUUGUUGGUUUUGUUGUUAGGUUUAGUUGUUGGUUUUACUGAGCUCUGAUCUCGAAGAUUUUGUAUUUGGCGCCGUCUAUACCAUUUCGGGAAACCAGGAUAAUUGUCUCCGAGUUAAGGAUAGUGCUGUCCCCUCUAAGCUUAUCACUAUCUUUAUUUUUACUUAACAAUUUAAGUACGAAAGCUCAAAGAUUUAGGGACGUGGAGGCUCUGCAAACUUCUGUACUGGGAUUCAGACCCAUUUGAUUCUUUCAAGCUCUGAAGCUUUUUUAAGAGUUACGAGUUGGUCCCAAGGAGGAGAAACAACUUAGUUUAGGUCUGGUGUUUUGAGGUGAGAACUGAAAAUGGCUAUGUCCUGCAAGGAUGGUAAACCGGGACUAGAUAACGGUAAGUAUGUAAGGUACACACCUGAGCAGGUUGAAGCCCUUGAAAGGCUCUAUCAUGAUUGCCCCAAACCCAGUUCGAUUCGUCGCCAACAGCUUAUAAGGGAGUGCCCUAUUCUCUCUAAUAUUGAGCCUAAACAAAUCAAGGUCUGGUUCCAGAACAGAAGAUGCAGAGAGAAACAAAGGAAAGAAGCGUCACGCCUUCAAGCUGUGAAUAGGAAGCUUACUGCUAUGAAUAAGCUAUUAAUGGAAGAGAAUGAUAGGUUGCAGAAGCAGGUGUCGCAAUUGGUGUAUGAAAAUGGCUAUUUCCGCCAGCAUACCCAAAGCACAACGCUUGCAACCAAAGAUACAAGUUGUGAAUCGGUGGUCACGAGUGGUCAACACCAUUUGACCCCUCAGCACCCGCCGAGAGAUGCUAGUCCUGCAGGGCUUUUGUCCAUUGCAGAGGAAACUUUAGCAGAGUUUCUUUCAAAGGCUACUGGAACUGCUGUGGAGUGGGUCCAAAUGCCUGGAAUGAAGCCUGGUCCGGAUUCCAUUGGAAUCGUUGCUAUUUCUCAUGGUUGCACUGGAGUGGCAGCACGAGCCUGCGGCCUGGUGGGUCUAGAACCUACGAGGGUCGCUGAAAUCCUCAAGGAUCGACCAUCGUGGUUUCGCGAUUGCCGUGCCGUGGAUGUUCUUAACGUGCUGCCAACCGCAAAUGGUGGAACCAUUGAGCUGCUUUAUUUGCAGCUCUAUGCUCCAACUACUUUGGCGCCUGCUCGCGAUUUCUGGAUAUUGCGAUAUACUUCUGUUUUAGAAGAUGGCAGCCUUGUGGUUUGUGAAAGAUCUCUUAAAAAUACUCAAAAUGGUCCAGCCAUGCCUCCUGUGCAACAUUUUGUUAGGGCAGAGAUGCUGCCUAGUGGAUACCUCAUUCGGCCUUGUGAAGGGGGUGGUUCAAUCAUACACAUUGUUGAUCAUAUGGAUUUGGAGCCUUGGAGUGUGCCAGAAGUAUUGCGUCCGCUGUAUGAAUCAUCUACUGUUCUUGCUCAAAAGACAACAAUGGCAGCUUUAAGGCAGCUAAGACAGAUAGCCCAUGAGGUUUCUCAGUCUAGUGUCACAGGCUGGGGUAGGCGUCCUGCUGCUCUAAGAGUCCUGAGCCAGAGGCUAAGCAGGGGUUUUAAUGAGGCACUUAAUGGCUUUACUGAUGAGGGGUGGUCAAUGAUGGGAAACGAUGGCAUGGAUGAUGUUACAAUCCUUGUUAACUCAUCUCCCGACAAACUAAUGGGCUUAAAUCUUUCUUUUGAGAACGAAUUUCCUGCUGUCAGCAACGCAGUUUUAUGUGCUAAAGCAUCUAUGCUGUUACAGAAUGUCCCUCCUGCUAUCCUUCUUAGGUUCCUGCGAGAGCAUAGGUCAGAAUGGGCUGACAAUAACAUUGAUGCUUAUUCUGCUGCCGCUGUCAAAGUGGGCCCCUGUAGUUUAGCAGGUUCUCGGGUUGGUAGUUUUGGUGGUCAAGUUAUACUGCCUCUGGCACACACUAUUGAGCAUGAUGAGUUCUUGGAGGUCAUUAAGUUGGAAGGUGUUAGUCAUUCUCCUGAAGAUGCAAUGAUGCCUAGAGAAAUGUUCCUUCUGCAACUCUGCAGUGGAAUGGAUGAGAAUGCUGUUGGCUCUUGUGCUGAACUAAUUUUUGCUCCAAUUGAUGCUUCUUUCGCUGAUGAUGCACCUCUUCUGCCAUCUGGGUUCCGAAUUAUUCCUUUGGAUUCUGGGAAGGAAGCCUCCAGUCCAAAUCGCACCCUAGACCUGGCUUCUGCUCUUGAAAUUGGGCCAAAUGGAGCUAAAGCUUCUAGUGAUUAUUCUGCCAACAAUGGUUGUGUGAGAUCAGUGAUGACGAUUGCUUUUGAAUUUGCAUUUGAAAGCCACAUGCAAGAACAUGUAGCCUCCAUGGCUAGGCAGUAUGUCCGCAGCAUUAUCUCAUCAGUUCAAAGGGUUGCACUAGCAUUGUCGCCUUCACAUUUGAGUUCACAGGCUGGUCUUCGCUCACCACUCGGUACUCCUGAAGCACAGACCCUUGCUCGUUGGAUCUGCAACAGUUAUAGGGGCUACUUGGGUGUGGAACUACUUAAAUCUAGUGGAGAGGGGGGCGAAACAAUUCUCAAAACCUUGUGGCAUCACUCGGAUGCUGUUAUGUGUUGCUCAAUGAAGGCAUCACCAGUUUUUACCUUUGCAAACCAGGCGGGGCUUGACAUGCUUGAAACCACCUUGGUUGCACUGCAAGAUAUUUGUUUGGAAAAGAUUUUUGAUGACCAUGGGCGGAAGACUCUCUGCUCUGAGUUCCCUCAGAUAAUGCAGCAGGGUUUCUCUUGCCUUCAGGGGGGAAUCUGCCUUUCGAGCAUGGGACGGCCAGUGUCGUAUGAAAGAGCAGUGGCAUGGAAAGUGCUGAACGAGGAGGAGAACGCACACUGUAUCUGUUUUAUGUUUAUGAACUGGUCUUUUGUGUGAGAUAUCAGACCGAGUGGCUGAACUUCUAUGUUAGCUUAUAGGGUUAAGAAAGGAUAGAAACCUUAAUUUGUCUUUUAUGUUCAUUUGGAUAUUUUGCUUUAGUUUGGAGUUUGGAUGUUGAGACUGAUAUUUAGUUCCUUCCAACACUCUUUAUGAUACUCUUUAUCUUGUGAUGCUUCGACUAAGUUAUGUUCUUUGCUUCAUCUUCUUUACUGUGUGAUGCAUUUUUGUUUGACUGUUUGUUGCCAUAUUUGAUAAAAUAACUUAGGAUUGUCCGAAGUCGAUUUCUACAUUUAUAUUUGUAUUCUAUUAUGUAAAUAUUUGACAAGUGGAUAAUAUUUAAAUAUUCUAAACAUGAUUAAUUAAGUUAAUGUGAAAUAAGAAACUAAAAAUUUUUGAAGUGUAAAAAAGAAGAGUUUCAUUUUUCACUUUUACGCUUAACGAGGGUAUAAAUUUUUGAUUUUUAUUUCUUUAAAAGAUCACCAUAAUAUGAAAAGCAAACCAAAAUUUUAUGCUUUCUUAUCCCACAAACCCACUCCACCUCGACUUUUCUUUCUCUCUCUUGAUUUCUAGCCGUCCUCUUUAUCUCGCUUUCACUCUUGGUUCUAUAUUCCAAUUUCCGAACAGUUGGUUUUAUUUGAAAUAAAUGUAAAAUUGUCACGUAAUGUAUAAAAGAAGUUUUUUAACCCAAAUUUUGUGGUUUGUGGAAACAAAAAUUAAUCUAACGGAAUUGUUAUAAUGAAAAUUUAACUUCAAAGUGUAUUGGUGUGGAAGAUUGAGGAGGCUAACCGGCCUUGAUUCAUUAUAGCAGCUCUAGUGGAAGUGGUUUUUUAGGGUUUCUUCACUCACGAAGUGGGUUACAAUUUGACUUUUCAAAAAGGUGUUGUUUUAUUUAUUUAUUUUGAUCCUUGUGAUUGGAUACUUUUGGUUAAAUAUUAUGUUUACAAUUUUUAGGCAACAUUAAACAUAAUUAUGAAUUUGAGAGUACAUCUCCAAUUGAAGUUGCUACAAGUGUGGCUGUAGAUUCAUUUAUUGCUUCUGUUGAGCACUGAUAGUUAUUUAUUUAUUUAUUUAUUUUUUCUGAUAGCUUAGCAUGUAAAUUUAAAAUUUAAUAAAAUGAAAAUGAGUCUUACUAACGUUGGUAGCGUUUGAGAUGUCUUUAGAGACGCCCUUAUAUUACAAUAGACAUGGUUGUUGGUGUAUUUUAUCUACUGUUUUAGUGUACUCAUUAAUUAUUGGUUUUAUAUGAGUAUAUGCUCUCUUUUCGACCCUUCUAAUAUAAAAUUUAACAAAAGUAAUGUCCAUACAUGAUAUUAAUGUAUUAAUGACAAUAAGAUAAAAAAUUUAUUGAAACUUCAAAUUAUGUAUGUCAAUCGCAUACAAUAUUUUCAUUUAUUCAAACUAAACAAAAAAUAAGAAAUAAGGACUCCGUGGUGAGAUCACUAAUUAAAGCAAAAAAAACCCCUUUAGAAAGGAGAUUAACACAACUAAUAAGCCUUAUAAACAUAUACAUAAACUAGCUGGUUACAUAUACCCACAAACUCCAUCCAUCCAAGUCAUUUUGAUAAUAAUUUAAAGUUCAACAAGGUCAAAACUCAUCUUUCCACCUAAAAAAGGUUACAAGACUCCAAAAAAAAUGGACCUUAAAGCAUACAUGACCUGGAAACUCAGGAGAGAUCAGGGAAUCGAAUACAAAAUUAAGUAAGAUAUAGUACUGGUACAAUAACUUGGACAAUAACCUAAAAAAAACCUGAUUCAAGGUAUAACAAAAAGGUUAAUUAUAUUUCCAAGAAUAUAAUAUAUAAAAUAUGUGAGACUCUCGAUCGGUGUGGGAGAAUUAUAUCAAUACUCAAACACGUACGAGAGACCCAUAUAGUAUAUAUAUAAAUAUAUAUAGGUAUGGGGCUAAUAAAAUAAUAAUGGUUAAUUAACAAAAUAAGUACUGAUCGACCAAUUAAAGACCCCUUUUUAGGUAGAUGUGUAUAGAUCCUUUGUUAUAGCCGGAAUACAACUUGAACUCCGAGCAAUCCCACCUUUCUUAUUAGAAGGAUCUCUAGGACUAAUAGACUUAGCCCUAAUCCUUCCAUCACUUUGGCUCUUCUUGAACAUUUCUCUCAUAGCCUCAGCUUGAAACAAAACAGGAUAAGCUCUCCCAAACUUGUUGAACCUAACACAUGCACUCAUGUGUACACCCAAAGCCUCCUCAACCUCCUUAUUAUUAUUUCCACUACCAGAACAAUUAUUACUAUUGUCGUUCCUCUUCUUCUGAAGCUCUUCCUUAACCGCCUCCGAACAAAGCCCGCAAACCCACUUCCCGAAGAACUUUUCCCUUAUCUUCUCUAUGUACUCAGGCGUACACUCCUCAACCAUGCCACAACACUCGCACUUGGCAUCCUCUACCUCCGAUAUCGGCGGUAGAUCAUCCAAGUCCAUUGCUGCUGCCUCUUGAGCUUUGCUAAGCUCAAACGAGAUGUCUGACACCGUUCGGUGCAGACUCUCAGAUGGAAGCCUUGGCGGCUUGGAGAAGUUUCCGGCCGUAAUCCGGGUUGAGAAAGUAGUUGGAGUAGGAGGUGUGUUAGGGCUUGGGAUUAUUGAUUCUCCGUGAGGUGCCAUAGUAGCAAGAGAAAGAAGUAGUGAAAGAAAUAAUAGUAUAUUAUGAUCAAUGGUGAACAGUGUUUGGUUAUAGAGUCAUGUGAAUAUAUGAUCAAUGGUAUAGU